UGUUGCCUUGACAGGAGAAAAGAGGGGAAACAAGUUAUUAAAAGAGAAAAGUAAGAGGUGAGAGUAUAGAUCAUCUACAUUUGAUGUCUCUUUUUGACACACACAGUCAAGGUAACUGAAGAACACAGACAUUGAGGAGAGACUUUUUACUCUGGGACUUGAUUCUCAGUAACUGAGAUAUUCCUUUUUGACCUGUCGUCACCUGUGAUGUGGUACCAUUGAGAACAGGUGAGAAUGCGGUCCAGGUGCAGCACAGCCAUGGAGGGCCCAGACGACGGACAGAUAAACCAUGUCACCCAGCCCACCAAAUCCUUCCCAAAAGAGGAGGGGGAGAACACACCAGAGCUGGUGAAGAGGAAAAUGAAGGUCCAGCGAGAAGAGAAAGAGGUGAAGUCAGUGGUGUCUGGAUCAGCGAAAAGGCCCCAGACAACCACAGAGAGCAGCAGAGGACAAAAGAAGGCAGCGGGGCUGACAGAUCUCUCUAAGGAGGACCUUCUCCGUCUGCUGGGAGUCAUGGAAGGAGAGGUGCAGGCCAGAGAGGAUAUCAUCCACAUGCUGAAGUCAGAGCGUCCGCGACCCAAAGCCCUGGAGGCCCAUUACGGCUCAGCUGCCCCCAUCAAACCCCUCCAGGCCUUGCAGAGAGACAGCCUUCUGACCAACACUACAAUGCUUGGGGAUAACGUCUAUGAGAUGCCCAUGCAAGAGUUGGACCGGCUGGAGGACAAGCAUCGCGAGACGUACAGGCGUAUGCUGGAGCAGCUGCUGCUGGCCGAGAAGUGUCACCGCCGCACGGUUAAUGAGCUGGAUAGCGAGAAACGCAAACACACAGACUUCAUGAACAAGAGUGAUGACUUCACCAACCUGCUGGAGCAGGAGAGGGAGAGAUUAAAGAGGCUGCUGGAGCAGGAGAAGGCGUACCAGGCUCGUAAAGACAAAGAUCACAGCAGGAGGCUAGAGAAGGUCCGUGAGGAGCUGGUCAAACUCAAGUCCUUUGCCCUGAUGCUGGUGGAUGAGCGGCAGCUCCACAUUGAGCAAAUCGACCAGCAGAGCCAGAAGGUCCAGGACCUCAGCAGCAAGCUCCAGGAGCGAGAACAGCGUCUGGCCGCUGUACGCGGCACUGCCAAGGAAGACGGCCAGAAGGUCCUCAGGCUAGAGGCGGAGCUGGAGUGCAAAGCUGCCAAGUUCACCCAGGAGCAUGAGGAGAUGACUGCCAAGCUGGCCAACCAGGAGUCCCAGAGCCGUCAGCUCCGCCUGAAGCUGUCAGGCCUGGCCCACCGGAUCGAGGAGCUGGAGGAAAACAACAAGGCACUACAGAAGUCAGAGGAGGACCUCCUCGAGCUAAGGGACAAGAUCAGCAAGGGGGAGUGUGGGAACUCCAGCCUCAUGGCGGAGCUGGAGACCCUGCGCAAGAGAGUCCUGGAGAUGGAGGGCAAGGAUGAGGAGAUCACCAAGACGGAGAGCCAAGCCAGAGAGUUAAGGAAAAGGCUGCAGGACGAGGAGACCACCAGCCGGGAGCUGAGGCUGGAGGUGGAGAAACUGCAGAAGAGAAUGGUGGAUCUGGAGAAACUGGAGAGGGCUUUCAACACGAGCAAAUCAGAGUGUGCAACACUUCAUAUUAACCUAGAAAGAGAGAAAGGACUGGCAAAGGACUUGGUUGGUGAGCUGGACAUGGUGAAAAACCGUGUGAAAGAACUGGAGAACUCUGAGUCAAGAUUUGAGAAGGCAGAGAUGGGCCUAAAGGAUGACCUGAUGAAGCUGAAGUCAUUUACAGUGAUACUAGUGGAUGAGAGAAGGAACAUGACUGAGAGAAUAAAACAGGAGGAGCAAAAGAGCGAUGAUUUAAAUAAAAUGUUCAAAACUGAGCAGAGUAAAGUUAUGGAGGUCACAGAAAAGUUGAUUGAGGAGAGCAAAAAGCUCCUCAGACUGAAAUCAGAAAUGGAGGUAAAAGUGACAUCUCUUACUAAAGAGAAAGAUGAACUGAAAAGUAAACUAGCAAGUGAAGAGGAAAAGUGCAGGGAUCUUAGCUCCAAGGUCGGUGUAAUGAAAAAACGAAUGGAUGGGCUAGAGGAGGCAGAAAAGGUAUUGUUAAAAAUCAGAGCCAAUAAGGACAGCAAGAGACCCCCAGACGAGGAAAACAAAUUCAAGGAGCUAACGCAGGAAAUUGAAAGGCUAAAAAACCGCCUCAAACAGCUUGAGGUGGUGGAAGGUGACCUGAUGAAGACAGAGGACGAGUACGACUUACUGGAGAAGAAGUUUCGAAUGGAGCAGGACAAGGCUAAUGCCCUCUCUCAGUUGCUGGAGGAAAUGAAGAGUCAGACUGCCAGGAACAAAGCCAUAGAGAAGGGAGAGGCGGUGAGCCAGGAGGCUGAGCUGAGGAUGCGCUGCAAGAUGGAGGAGGCAAAGACCAGAGACCUGCAGGCAGAUGUCCAGGCCCUCAAAGAGAAGAUCCACGAGCUGAUGAACAAGGAGGACCAGCUCUCCCAGUUGCAAGUGGACUACUCCCUACUCCAGCAGAGAUUCCUGGAGGAGGAGGACAAGAAGAAGAGCUUGAGCCAGGAAGUGAUCAACCUCGCCAAAGAGCUGGAGGUCACCAAGCGCUACAGCCGCGCCUUGCGUCCCAGUAUGAAUGGAAGGAGGAUAGUUGACGUCCCUGUCACCUCCACCGCAGUCCAGACAGACGUGGUGGUCAGUGAACCUGUCGAGGAGGACACACCUGCAGUGUUCAUCAGGAAAUCUGUCCUGGAGGAGAACCAUAUCAUGAGCAACCUGAGGCAGUGGGGUCUGAAAAAGCCUGUAACUGUGCUGGAGCGCUACCCCCCAGCAACCACUGAGCUGAGCAUGAGAAAAUCAUGGAUCCCCUGGAUGAAGAAGAAGGAUGCAGUGACGAUCACUCAGACCACCCCAGAGAAGACCCCAAACCCUCAGGACAACGGGGACUCCUCCCCUCGUCCACCAGAGCUGUCCAUGUCACAAAAGCCAGGCCAGCCGUUGCAUAUUCGAGUAACCCCCGAUCACGAGAACAGCACUGCCACUUUGGAGAUCACCGGCCCUCGUGCUGAGGACUUCUUCUCCAGUGCCACCAUCAUCCCCACAUUGGGCCUGCAGAGGCCUCGCAUCACCAUUGUUCCCAAACCCACUACCGUGUUCUCAAAGAGCAAGCCGGGUGAGGGCGUAAUGGGGGGGCCUGAGCGGUGCAAGUCUCCAGUCACCAUCACCACCAUCUCCAGGGCCAAGUCCCCAGAUAGGAGUAAGGGCUCCUCCUACUCAGACUCGAACAGACCCCUCUCCCCCGUCUCCAUCAUUACAGUGAGCACCACUCCUGUGACGGAGGCCUUUGCCUCCGCAUCCCCAGAGCCCCAUGACAUGAGCACCAUGGGCCGGGCUGUGUUCAAAGUGACCCCAGAGAAGCAGGCAUUGCCUAUGCCCGUCAGAAAAUACAACUCCAACGCCAGCAUAAUCACCACCACGGAGGACAACAAGAUCCACAUCCACCUGGGACCUCAGUUCAAGAGGCCAUCAGAUGUCAGCAGUAGCAGCCCCACAGUGACGGUCAGGCCCCUUAGUGUGAGCACAGAGAGCAAGGAGGCACCCCCAGGUACGGUGCUGCGCUCCCCGCGUCACCCCAACAACAUCACCACCGCUCCUGGGAAGACCACCCCCAACAAAUUGACCAGCAGCAUCACCAUCACCCCCAUCACCUUGGCACCGACCAGGCCAACUCAGUCUGUGUUGCUUCUGAAAUGUUUCAAAAUGAUAUCAGGUGGUGUCUGCUCCCUAGAUAGCACUCUUUCCAGCCCGGGGCGGAUGUGCAGUCAACUCGUGCCGCAGCCACACGAAUCCCUAUGUCAAAAGGAAAUAUUGUGCACCAUGUGAUAGUUGAGCCCAGAUGAUGAGACUGUAAUGUGGAACUCCUUCCUUCACCUAUGACAAGUGCCCUGCAUCCCUACUCUACUCUUACAGUGUGCCACCGCAACCAUAGGGCCAAGCCAACAGACGACAACCAUCGGAAAACAGUCAGAACUCCGCAUGCAGACUGUCAUGGAGAUUUCUAACCUCAGGGCACCUAACAAGGCUCUCUUCUCAAUUCUGUGGGCUUUCGAAUAGUAUUACCUCUUGAUUCUGGCUUACAUCACUAUGCGAAAUAGCCACAUGGAGUUGUAUAAAAGGGGUAUGCAGCGUGUACUCUACAGUAGCUCUGGUUCAGGCUGUUACGUGCGGCUUGAGCGUUCUUCAAUGGAAGUCUUGAAGACUCAAGCCGCAUGUGACGCCCUUGACCCGAGCUAACGCUGCAGCGGUUUGUGUGAGAGGACAGAUGCAUACCGUACCAGUCAAAAGUUUGGAAACAUCUACUCGUUCAAGGGUUUUUCUUUAUGUUAUUUUACAAUUUUCUACAUUGUAGAAUAAUAGUGAAGACAUCAAAAGUGUUACACAACUGUUAUACUCUCCCUGCCUCCUCUGUGUUUGUGCUUUUACUUGCAGAUUGGGGACAGGUGGAGCUAAUUGGUCGUUAAGGUGACAUGUUUCAACUGGGUUUGGGUUCAACUAGGAGAUAAAAGUUCCUGGUGCCCAGUCCUGGCUCUCUCUCUCCACAAGCACCAUUUUGUUUUGUGAUCUGGUUAAUAAUGUUUUUUGAUUAGGUGCACCCUUUAACACUUACACACAUUUUACCUUCAUCCAUGCAUCUUCAUUACACCCCUACUUUCAUACUUCACAGGUUAGUUUGGUGGAGAGAAGACCAUGAAGUCUCUUUGUCCUGUAUUGUCUAGAGACACUUUGUUCUGUUCCUUGUUGGGUCAUCAGAUUAUGGUGGUGAGUUGUCUUUGCAAUGUAUGACGGUGAGAAGUUGAGGCAGACAUAACUCAUUGCCCAGAGAUAUGGUCUUUCCCCCUGUUAGAUAUAGCGGUAUGUUCACACUGGGGGCAAGUUGUCGUUUGUUAUUUUUGUGUGGCGACAGAGGUUAAAGCAGUUGUCUCUGGAGUACAUCUGUGGUUCAAGGUUGGUUACUAGCAAGCUGGUUUCUCCUUCGUGCCAGCGGGCUCUAGUGCAUCAAUACCUGCUGCAAAGCCAGCGACGACUAGGGUUAAGUUUAACAAUAGGAUUUGUGAAAACUCAAGUAAUAUUCAUCUGUUUUUGCUAUUUACUAAUCUGUUCAUUUGGUAGUAGCAUUAUGGCUUCUAUUGCGGAUUUUGUCCCGUGUUCCUUCUGAGUUGCUUAUGCAGUUUACGAAGGAGCUUUUGAAGUUGAGUGAGUAUUAUGAGCUCAGUGACAAAUGUCUCAAGGAUCCAGUAAGGUCUAUUCUGUCAGCUAAUUUGCUUUCAGCUGGUAUUUUCAAGGCAGAAUUGAGUGAACCAGCUGUUUUGGCUGUACCAAUUGCGUCUAGUGCUGGUUUGACAUUUGAGCAGAAAAAUGAGUUCCCUUUAUUGCAGCUAAAUCAUGACAAAGAUCUGGAAUUGUUUAAACAGCUAAAAUAACUUGAUUUGAAAGGUUGAAGCAGGAUACAGAGCAAGCUAAACUGCGGUUGCAACAUCAACGGUUAGAACUUGUCAGAGGAGGCAAGCUUUCAGGUGAAUUUUCUUUUGAGAAUGAAGCUACAGUGUUUUGACCAGUAGGGCUCACUCAUCUCUUAGCGCUACAGAUAGCGAUGAUUACUUAAAGGUUAAGUAUGCAGGACAGCAGUUUUAUGAGUUGGUCCCUGAAGUGUAUUGACAGCUUUUCAGAAUGUUGAAGAAAGGUGAAAAACAGUCCCAUGUUGAGUUUUCACAGGAUUUGUUAACUCCAUUCAAUCUUUGGUCUACUAGUUUUGAAGCUUUGUACAAGCUGGUUGUCCUCGAACAAUUUAGUCUGUCCCUUAUCGUCUUGCUACCUAUAUAAAUGAACAUAAAGUACGGACUGAAGCUACUGUUUUGGCAAAUGCCUACGUACUGACCCCCAAAGGCUGUUCCCCAGAGGAACAGUUCAAGUGGAUUUCGUUCAGCAAAUUCCUUUGUUCUGGUAAUGACGCAUUUUCAUCUAGAUCCGAACGUGUUGCAUGUGGACAGAAUGAUGUUAGUAAUAACUGUAAUUAUUAUGGUAAAGGCCACUGGAAGAGCUAAUGUCCUGUCCUUGGUAAAAAGGUCAGCAGAUUGGCCAGCACAAAUGUAAAACCUGUUGCUGAGCCUGUUCAUGCUAAUCCUGUUGCUCAAGAAUUGUCCAAGUCUUUGUAUUUAUUAUUCGCCAUUUGUCAGAGGGUUAUGUUUCACUAUUGGGACGUGACUUGCCAGUAGAGAUUCUGCGAGACAUGUGCCUCUGAAUUGUUUGUUUUGCAGUCUGCCUUUUUCUCUGGACAUGGAUACAGGAACCAGUGUCCUGAUUCAAGGGAUAGAUUUGAAUACUAUUGUCUGUACCCUUGCAUGAAGUCAAACUUAUAUCUGACCUAAUGCAAGGUGAUGUUUCCCUUGGGGUGGGUCCUUUCUGCCCGUUAACUUGUGUUCAUGUGAUUUGGGUAACAACUUAGCCGGUUGUCGUGUCUGGUGUGACAUCUCCUCAGGUGGUUUCUCAUAACCCGCUUAAAACCUACAGAGAUUCCCGGAGGUAUUCUCUGCAUGCACUGUGACUCGUGCUAUGAGCUGAGCUGACACUAGGGUCAAAACGGAACUUACACAACACAUAGUUGAACAGUUUGAUAAUCGUUUAAGUAGUGCUGCCUAGGGGUACUACAUUCAAGAUCAGUUGUUGGUGAGGAAAUGGACACCUCACAGCAAAAGUUGUAGGUGACGCUUUUGUUCAGAUCGUGGUUCCUUCUAAGCUUCGAGAUCAAAUUGAGAACUUCUCAUGACAUUUCUUGUCACUUAUGGGUUAGUAAAACUUAUGAUUGAGUUUUGGGUCAUUUUUAUUGGCCUUGUAAUCGGAAAUGUCUUUUUUUAAACAUCUAAAUAUGCCAUGUUUUUCAGCUGACUGGGAAGCCUAAUCAGAUUAAGGCCAGUCCCGCAACAUACAACCUAUUCCUGUUACAGGCCAGCCAUUUGUGCAUUUGAUUAUUGAUGGUGUUGGACCCUUACCCUGUUCUAAAGCUGGUAGCACCUACAUGUGAACUGAUUUGUCAGGCUACACGAUAUCCUGCAGCCUAUCCACUGUCUGUUGUGAAAGCUUUGUCACAGUUCACCUCAAUUUUUUUGGAAUACUUAAGGUGAUUGGGAGCGAUCAUGGUUCCAACUUCACUUCGCACAUAUUUGCACAUGUCUUGCAACAAAUGCAUAUAAAACAUAAUCAGGCCAGUGCUUUUCAUGUGCAGAGUCAAGGGGCCCUUGAGCGUUUAAUAGAAUUUGAAGUCGCUGUCACGUGAGUACUGCACUGAAUUAGAACGUGACUGGGAUGAGGGGUUACCCUGGUUGCUGCUCACUGUUAGAAGUAUCACGAGGGCACGGGGUUCAGUCCUAAUGACCCUGUUUUUGGUCAUACUGUGCGUGGUCCCCUUGCUGUAAUAAAGGAGGAUUGGAAGGUGGUUGAGCGUCCCCCAAAUUUGUCAUGUUAAUGGUUUCUGACACAGGUUGUACAUGGCUUGUGAAAUAGCUAAAGAAAAACUGGCAUCCUCCCAGGUGAGGGGGAAAAAAGGUUUUGACCGGUGAGUUGCGCUGCGACUAUUUAUUUAGUCCAGGGGACCAGGUUCUGGCCCUGCUGCCCGUUAUCGGUUCUCCUUUUCAGGCCAAAUUCAGCGGCCCAUACACAGUUCAGAUCGAACAAUUGCCGAACCACAAUCUGAUUGCUACCCCUGAGCGCAGAAAGGCGAAUCCGCUCUGCCAUGUCAAUUUGCUAAAGCCCUAUUAUACUGGUUUUUCUUCUGAAUUGACUAAAUCAUAACUGUGCUAAAACUGACGUGGUUAGUUCUGUUCUUUUGGUGGAAUCUGUUGAUCUGAGGAGAGCCACUCCACCUUCACAUACAGUGGCAGUGUGAGGAAGAGGGGAUGCCGGGCCCUGAUGGUAUUUUGCAGCGUAGGUUGACGAUUUCAGAGUUUCUUUGCAAACUUUGAGUUUGUUGGGUCACCUGCCUUAUUGUCAAGCAGCGUUAACUGAUUUGAUCACUGAUUUUCAGUCUGUUUGCUGACACCUUCUCGUACACAUUUGGCAGUGCACGAUAUUGAUGUUGGGGAUGCUGUCCCUAUUAAACAAUGUUUGUGUCAUGUCUCAUUGGAAAAGCUAUGUCACUUAAAUACAUGCUAGUUAAUAAUAUCGCUGUACCAUCAUUCUUCAGUUGGGCCUCCCUGUGUCUCUUGGUGCGCAAGCCAGAUGGUUCUCUUAGAUUUUGCACUGACUACUGGAAGGUUAGUGUGACACAACCUGACUGUUACCCACUCCCACGGAUUGUUGUCAUGGGCAUCCGGUGGGCCUCUAUGGUUUGUAUAGUAUUUGUCUGAACCUUUUAGUUAUGGUUUUUGAUCUGUUGUAUUUGUGUGGUUUUCUUUUUGGGUCGUUGUUAGUGUCCAAUUUUUAUGGGGGGGGGACGCCCCCCUCGCUCUCCCUGCCUCCUGUGUUUGUGCUUUUAUUUGCUGAUUGGGUCAUUAAGGUGACAAGUUUCAACUGGGUUUGGGAUCAACUAGGAGAAGUUCCUGGUGCCCAGUCCUGGCUCUCUCUCCACAAGCACCAUUUUGUUUUGAUCUGCUUGAUUGUUUUUUGAUUAGGUGCACCCUUUAACACUUACACACAUUUUUACCUUCAUCCAUGCAUCUUCAUUACACCCCUCACAUGCCUACUCUCAUACUUCACAGGUUAGUUUUCCUUUUUUAGUUUUAUACUUAAUUAUUUAAAUAUUUUUGUUACUACUUAACUGCCAAUGUAUGGACUCCCUUUGUCACCAGGUUGUGACAACUCAAUUUUAGAUUCUUCAAAGUAGCCACCCUUUGCCUUGAUGACAGGUUGCACGCACUCUUCCAACAUAUGCUGAGCACUUGUUCGCUGCUUUUCCUUCACUC